CGUUCAGUAGCUCAGAAGUGCUUAGAGAGCACCACGGUGUAGAUCACAAAAGGGAAAGGGGGUUGUUAGUCGUCUCUUAGCUCGACUAAAAGCACGAUUAACUCGAUUUUAACAGGCGACUGACAACAGAGGUCCCUGGGAUACCGCCACCGGAGACUUUCCGGUCACCGUUGGUGGCCUGCUCAGGACCGCGGUGAAUACUUACAGGCUGAUCCUGCUCACAAAGCGACGUGUUGACGAAGAACGCGUCUUUUGAAUAGACAGGAUGCACGGACCGCCCUCCGGCGACAGCGCAUGCCCCUUGCGCACGAUCAAGAGAGUUCAGUUCGGCAUCAUCAGCCCUGAUGAGCUUAAACGAAUGUCGGUGACAGAAGGGGGUAUCAAAUACCCCGAAACUACAGAAGGUGGUCGUCCGAAACUCGGUGGCCUUAUGGACCCGAGACAAGGGGUCAUAGAACGAAGUGGAAGAUGUCAGACGUGUGCAGGCAACAUGACUGAAUGCCCAGGGCACUUUGGGCACAUUGAACUGGCAAAGCCCGUUUUCCACGUGGGCUAUAUUUCCAAGAUAAUGAAGGUUAUGCGUUGCGUAUGCUUCUUUUGUUCUAAGCUACUAGUGGAUGCGAACAAUCCAAAGAUCAAAGACAUCCUUACCAAAUCCAAAGGGCAACCCAGAAAGCGCUUGACGCACGUGUAUGAGCUGUGCAAAGGUAAAAAUAUCUGUGAAGGAGGUGAGGAGAUGGACAACAAAUUUGGGAUGGAGCAGCAGGAGACAGAGGAGGACAUCACAAAGGAGAAGGGACACGGAGGCUGCGGGCGCUACCAACCUCGCAUCAGACGCUCUGGACUGGAGCUGUACGCUGAGUGGAAGCAUGUGAAUGAGGACUCUCAGGAAAAGAAGAUCCUGCUGAGCCCCGAGCGCGUGCACGAGAUCUUCAAACGCAUCUCGGACGAGGAGGACAUCAUCUUGGGCAUGGAUCCCAAGUUUGCACGACCGGAAUGGAUGAUUGUCACUGUGCUGCCCGUGCCUCCUCUGGCUGUCAGGCCUGCUGUAGUCAUGCAGGGCUCCGCUCGCAACCAGGACGACCUGACCCACAAGUUGGCCGACAUUGUCAAAAUCAACAACCAGCUAAGGAGAAACGAGCAAAGUGGCGCCGCAGCUCACGUCAUCGCGGAGGACGUCAAGUUGCUCCAGUUCCACGUUGCCACCAUGGUGGACAAUGAACUGCCAGGCCUGCCCAGAGCAAUGCAAAAGUCUGGCCGACCCCUCAAAUCUAUCAAACAGCGUCUAAAGGGGAAAGAGGGCCGAGUCCGAGGCAAUCUGAUGGGCAAACGUGUCGACUUCUCAGCGCGAACCGUCAUCACCCCGGAUCCGAAUCUCCAAAUCGACCAAGUGGGCGUACCGCGAUCCAUUGCGGCCAAUAUGACUUUCCCGGAAAUUGUAACACCCUUUAACAACGACAGACUGCAAGAGCUUGUGCGACGAGGCAACAGUCAGUACCCCGGAGCCAAAUACAUCAUCCGUGAUAAUGGAGACAGAAUUGACCUGCGAUUUCACCCCAAACCAAGUGACCUUCAUUUGCAGAUUGGCUACAAGGUGGAAAGACACAUGUGUGACGGAGACAUCAUCAUCUUUAACAGACAGCCCACACUGCAUAAAAUGUCCAUGAUGGGGCACAGGGUCCGAAUUCUGCCCUGGUCCACAUUUCGACUCAACCUAAGUGUCACCACCCCAUACAAUGCCGAUUUUGACGGGGACGAGAUGAACCUCCACCUGCCGCAGUCCCUCGAGACAAGAGCGGAAAUUCAAGAGCUAGCCAUGGUGCCGCGUAUGAUCGUCACGCCCCAGUCCAACAGGCCCGUCAUGGGAAUCGUGCAGGACACUCUCACGGCCGUGCGCAAAUUCACCAAGAGGGACGUCUUCUUAGAGCGGGGCGAAGUCAUGAACCUCCUCAUGUUCCUCUCCACCUGGGACGGGAAGGUGCCCCAGCCGGCCAUCCUCAAGCCCCGUCCGCUUUGGACCGGAAAGCAGAUCUUCAGUUUGAUCAUUCCCGGACACAUCAAUGUCAUCCGCACGCACAGCACCCACCCGGACGACGAAGACAGCGGUCCUUACAAACACAUCUCACCCGGUGACACGAAGGUUAUAGUGGAAAAUGGCGAGUUGAUCAUGGGCAUCCUGUGUAAGAAGUCUCUGGGAACGUCAGCCGGUUCCCUCGUCCACAUUUCUUACCUGGAGAUGGGACAUGACAUCACCAGACUCUUCUACUCCAACAUCCAGACUGUGGUCAACAACUGGCUGCUCAUUGAAGGUCAUUCCAUCGGAAUUGGUGACUCCAUUGCUGAUGCAAAGACUUAUCUUGACAUCCAGAACACGAUCAAGAAAGCCAAACAGGAUGUGAUAGAAGUCAUCGAGAAGGCCCACAACAACGAGCUGGAGCCGACCCCUGGCAACACGCUGAGGCAGACCUUUGAGAACCAGGUCAAUCGUAUCCUCAACGACGCCCGUGACAAAACGGGCUCCUCGGCUCAAAAGUCUCUGUCUGAGUACAAUAACUUCAAGUCCAUGGUGGUGGCCGGAUCUAAGGGCUCAAAGAUUAACAUCUCACAGGUUAUUGCUGUGGUGGGGCAGCAGAACGUGGAGGGUAAACGAAUCCCGUUUGGCUUCAAACACCGCACACUGCCUCACUUCAUUAAGGAUGAUUACGGCCCCGAGAGCAGAGGCUUUGUGGAGAACUCCUACCUGGCUGGCUUGACGCCAACUGAGUUCUUCUUCCACGCUAUGGGAGGCAGAGAGGGUCUGAUCGACACAGCCGUCAAAACAGCUGAGACUGGUUACAUCCAGCGGCGUCUGAUCAAGUCCAUGGAGUCUGUGAUGGUCAAGUACGACGGCACGGUGCGCAACUCCAUCAACCAGGUGGUGCAGCUGCGUUACGGCGAGGACGGCCUGGCGGGAGAGAAUGUCGAGUUCCAAAAUAUGGCGACGCUCAAACCAUCAAACAAAGCCUUUGAGAAGAAGUUCAAGUUUGACUGCACCAACGAGAGAGCGCUGAGGCGAACGCUGCAGGAGGACGUGGUAAAAGACGUGAUGACCAACGCCCACGUGCAAGGCACACUGGAGAGGGAGUUUGAGAAGAUGAAGGAGGACAGGGAGAACCUCCGAACCAUUUUCCCGACUGGCGACAGCAAGGUGGUGCUGCCUUGCAACAUAGCGAGAAUGAUUUGGAACGCUCAAAAGAUCUUCCGCAUCAACACUCGGACUCCGACGGACCUCAAUCCAAUUAGGGUCGUCGAAGGUGUUCAAGAGCUGAGUAAGAAGCUGGUGAUUGUGAACGGCGAAGACCGGCUCAGCAGGCAGGCCCAGGAGAAUGCAACGCUUCUCUUCAACAUCCACCUGCGCUCCACACUCUGCUCCAAGCGCAUGACGGAGGAGUUCCGUCUGACCACCGAGGCUUUCGACUGGCUGUUGGGAGAGAUCGAGACCAAGUUCAACCAUUCUAUUGCUCAUCCAGGUGAAAUGGUCGGGGCGCUGGCUGCUCAGUCUCUCGGAGAACCAGCCACCCAGAUGACACUGAACACCUUCCACUACGCCGGUGUGUCGGCCAAGAACGUGACACUCGGCGUGCCCCGUCUGAAGGAGUUGAUCAACAUCUCCAAGAAGCCCAAAACGCCCUCGCUGACCGUGUUCCUGCUGGGCCAGGCUGCCCGGGAUGCCGAGCGAGCCAAAGACAUCCUCUGUCGCCUGGAGCACACCACACUAAGAAAGGUGACAGCCAACACUGCCAUCUACUACGACCCCAACCCCCAGAACACGGUGGUGGCCGAGGACCAGGAGUGGGUGAACGUCUACUACGAGAUGCCGGAUUUCGACGUGACACGCAUUUCCCCGUGGCUGCUGCGCAUCGAGCUCGACCGCAAGCACAUGACCGAUCGCAAGUUGACCAUGGAGCAAAUCGCGGAGAAGAUCAAUGCAGGUUUCGGAGACGACCUGAACUGCAUCUUCAAUGACGACAACGCAGAGAAGCUCGUUUUGCGAAUCCGAAUCAUGAAGAGCGACGAGAACAAGUUCCAAGAGGACGAGGAGGUCGUGGACAAAAUGGACGACGACGUUUUCCUGAGGUGCAUCGAGUCUAACAUGCUCACCGACAUGACGCUUCAAGGAAUCGAGCAGAUCAGCAAGGUGUACAUGCACUUGCCCCAGACGGACAACAAGAAGAAGAUUAUCAUCACCGAAGAUGGCGAGUUCAAGGCUCUGCAGGAGUGGAUCCUCGAGACGGACGGCGUGAGCCUCAUGAGGGUCCUGAGCGAAAAGGACGUCGAUCCCGUCAGGACCACCUCCAAUGACAUUGUGGAAAUCUUCACGGUGCUUGGAAUUGAGGCUGUACGAAAGGCCCUGGAGAGGGAGUUGUACCACGUCAUCUCCUUCGACGGCUCCUACGUCAACUACCGUCACUUGGCCCUGCUCUGUGACACCAUGACGUGCCGCGGUCACCUGAUGGCCAUCACGCGUCACGGCAUCAACCGGCAGGACACGGGACCGCUCAUGAAGUGUUCCUUUGAGGAGACGGUGGAUGUGUUGAUGGAGGCUUCAUCUCACGGAGAGAGCGAUCCGAUGAAGGGCGUGUCUGAGAACAUCAUGCUCGGCCAGCUCGCCCCUGCCGGAACAGGCUGCUUUGACCUGCUCUUGGAUGCCGAAAAGUGCAAGUACGGCAUGGAGAUCCCAACAAACAUACCUGGCAUCAGCGUCGCCGGGCCCACCGGAAUGUUCUUUGGCUCUGUGCCGAGUCCCAUGAGUGGCCGGUCCCCUGCUAUGACCCCUUGGAACACCGGAGCAACACCGGCCCAUGGCGCCUGGUCUCCCAGUAUUGGAAGCGGCAUGACCCCUGGGGCGGCCGGCUUUUCCCCGAGUGCGGCAUCAGACGCAAGCGGCUUCUCUCCAGGUUAUUCCCCGGCUUGGUCGCCCACUCCUGGUUCCCCUGGAUCUCCCGGACCUGCCAGCCCCUAUAUCCCGUCUCCAGGUGGCGCCAUGUCCCCCAACUACUCGCCCACGUCACCCGCCUACGAGCCCCGCUCCCCCGGCGGCUACACCCCCCAGAGCCCAGGCUACUCUCCAACGUCACCUUCCUAUUCUCCGACGUCUCCCUCAUACUCUCCCACCAGCCCCAAUUACAGCCCAACAUCUCCUUCCUACUCUCCCACCUCGCCCAGUUAUUCCCCCACGUCUCCUUCUUACUCUCCCACGUCGCCCUCUUACUCCCCAACCUCCCCCUCCUAUUCCCCUACCUCCCCAUCUUACUCUCCGACGUCCCCCUCCUACUCGCCGACGUCACCCAGCUACAGUCCCACUUCGCCCAGCUACAGCCCGACGUCGCCAAGCUACUCCCCCACUUCUCCUUCUUACUCGCCCACCUCCCCCUCCUACUCCCCCACAUCCCCGUCAUACUCCCCCACCUCGCCGUCUUACUCUCCCACCUCUCCCUCCUACUCUCCAACAAGCCCCAGCUACAGCCCCACAUCGCCAAACUACACACCCACCUCGCCCAGCUACUCCCCGACGUCGCCCUCCUACUCUCCCACAUCACCCUCCUACUCCCCAACCUCCCCCAACUACACGCCGACCAGCCCCAACUACUCCCCCACCUCCCCCUCGUACUCUCCGACCUCACCGUCCUACUCGCCCUCUAGUCCUCGUUACACCCCGCAGUCGCCCACCUACACACCGAGUUCCCCCUCGUACAGCCCCAGCUCCCCCUCCUACUCGCCCACCUCACCCAAAUACACCCCGACCUCCCCCUCAUACAGUCCCAGCUCGCCAGAGUACACCCCCACCUCACCCAAAUACUCCCCAACGUCACCGAAGUACUCCCCCACCUCGCCCAAGUACUCCCCAACAUCUCCUACUUAUUCUCCGACGACGCCCAAAUACAGCCCCACCUCGCCCACCUACUCCCCCACCUCUCCGACUUACACGCCCACCAGCCCCAAAUACUCCCCCACCUCCCCGACGUACUCGCCGACGUCGCCCAAGUACUCGCCGACGUCGCCCACGUACUCGCCAACGAGCCCGAAAGGCUCCACGUACAGCCCCACCUCGCCUGGAUACAGCCCCACCUCGCCCACCUACAGCCCCGCCAUUAGCCCCGAUGACAGCGACGAGGAGAACAACUGAGGGGCGGAGGAGGAGGAGGAGGAGGGCGGACCAUGCCUAUAAGCCCCUCACAUUUUUGACCAUCCGACCAGUUUGUCCUGCGUUCGCUUCCCCAAAUAGUGAAAACCAUUAUUUGAAAGACAAACUGCUUUGCCUGAAGGGGGAAAGAAAGGGUGCCUUUUCCUGCCUUUUUUUUUUGUUUUUGUUUGUUUUUUUGUUUCCCAACCCAACCAGGCAGAAUCCAAAAGGCGAAGAGGAAAGGAAGAGCUGUCCCCCCCCCCCCCCCCCCUUUUACUUUUAUAGUUCACUGCCUUCAGCCUCUAAAAUGUUGGACGUAAAGGUGUUCAGGAAAGGCCAACAUUUUGCCAAGUCUUUUUAGAAUGUGGAUUGUAAUUUGCUCCGGCGAUUAAUGGAGGAAUGGUUCCCCCUCCCCUCGCCACCUUUUUAUUUUAUUUUUGUUUUGUUUACGGCAUAUUUGGCACUGAGGUGUUGCUGCUUCCGGGCGUGCGUUAAAAAGCACGAACGCCGCGGAUCAGGGAAAUGUCAUCAAACAGCAUGAUAAGAAAGUGAUGCCGUCAUGCGUCCUCCCUGCUUCCUCCCUCCACACCCCAAAAACUGAAUGAUGUCUUAAACACCCACCAGCACCCAACCAGCCUCUGGCAUCUUGGAGGCUUUUGCAUCAGAGGCAAAAAACAAAAACUGACAAUGCUAUUCCCUUAAUACUGGGAAUUAUUUUCUGUCCUUAAUUUUGACAUGUGAAGAAAUGGGCGCUGCUUUGGGCAUCAUUUGCAUGUGGGGUAGUACAUAGUAAUCCAACUGUUAGGUUGAAAUAUUUCCAGUCCCUCCCGGGUCUUGCUAAUGUUUGCCCCGUUUCUGUUCAAAUCAUUUUGCCUAUUCCAUUUAUUUAAGAAAGAAGGUUAAACUACUAUUCUGUGUGAAUAUGAAUUUAUUUUUUGUUGUAGUUGCUUUUUUUUUUUGCUUGUUUGCUCUUUGAUGACUUUGCAAAGUUGUUGCAAAAAUUCUCAAGUUCUUACGGAGGAAGACACAAGGGCGGGCGGGGGACUGGGGGUGUCCCUUCCCACGCCCCAUUCACCUUAUGUCUCCAAAGUCGUGAACCCUUCGUGGUCAGCAUUCUCCAUCGGUCCUCUCGUCAUGUUCAUUUUGAUUAACCAGCCACAAGAUAAGUGGCUUAAGUAUGACUGUUUUUCCAGAUACUGUCCCUUUCAUUUAACAAGCUCUGUCUCUUUCGCUUUCCCGCUCCGCAUCCAAUGUUGUUGUUCUUACCAGUGUCUGGAGGAUUCGUUGUGGAUCCGGAUGCUCUGUUCUGACUGGGAGUCCUGAGGGGGGAAAAAAAAGGAAAAUCUAAGCCGUGAUCGUUGUUGCUUAGCCCCGCCUAAAAAAUUGGAGAGGAUGGCACCUCCUGGCCUUUUAUAAUGAAGCAGGGUGUUAUGUUUUGUUUUUUUGCACUUGUUAAACUGUUGUGUCCACUUCACUUGCCUGGUCAGGACGCUGUCCGGUCUAUUCAGGAACAUCAGGAUUCCCAGCUUGUACGAAUGAGUGUUGGCAAGUGUAAAUCAGAGGGCGAGACAGGGUUUCAUGCAGAGGAAAGAAGGAAGUAAAUUUGCCGCUGUAUAGAGAUAAUUUCACAAUCUCAUUGUGUUGUAUGUUCUGUUUUUGAUUUGGGGAAUAAAAUAAAAGUUUUACAACAA